CCCCGCCGCGCACCGGGGACUCGCCCCGCGCCGCGCCGCACCGCCGACAUGGUCAUCCAGAAAGAGAAGAAGAGCUGCGGGCAGGUGGUUGAGGAGUGGAAGGAGUUCGUGUGGAACCCGAGGACGCACCAGUUUAUGGGGCGCACCGGGACCAGCUGGGCCUUCAUCCUCCUCUUCUACCUCGUCUUCUAUGGCUUCCUCACGGCCAUGUUCACCCUCACCAUGUGGGUGAUGCUUCAGACUGUCUCUGACCAUACUCCCAAGUACCAGGACCGACUGGCCACACCAGGCUUGAUGAUUCGUCCCAAGACCGAGAACCUUGAUGUUGUUGUCAACGUCAGUGACACUGAAAGCUGGGACCAGCAUGUUCAGAAGCUCAACAAGUUCUUGGAACCUUACAAUGACUCCAUCCAAGCCCAGAAGAAUGACGUCUGCCGCCCCGGGCGCUAUUAUGAGCAGCCAGACAAUGGGGUUCUCAACUACCCGAAACGUGCCUGCCAAUUCAACCGGACCCAGCUGGGCAACUGCUCUGGAAUUGGGGAUCCCACCCACUAUGGUUACAGCACCGGGCAGCCCUGUGUCUUUAUCAAGAUGAACCGGGUCAUCAAUUUCUAUGCAGGGGCAAACCAGAGCAUGAAUGUUACCUGUGCUGGGAAGCGAGAUGAGGACGCUGAGAAUCUCGGCCACUUUGUCAUGUUUCCUGCCAACGGCAACAUCGACCUCAUGUAUUUCCCCUACUAUGGCAAAAAGUUCCAUGUGAACUACACGCAGCCUCUGGUGGCUGUGAAGUUCCUGAAUGUGACCUCCAACGUGGAAGUGAACGUGGAAUGUCGCAUCAACGCUGCCAACAUCGCCACAGAUGAUGAGCGAGACAAGUUCGCUGGCCGAGUGGCUUUCAAACUCCGCAUCAACAAGACCUGAGGCCCCCUCUCUUCCUGCCCCCACCUCUUUCCUGUGGAUGCUUCUGGAAUGUCCUUGACCCUGCCUGAUCCCUCCCUCACCCAUCCCAAAGGUAUUUUUUAUAACAGAGCUAUGACUUGUCUGAGCUUUCACAUCCUUUUCCUUGACUUCUCAACCCUGCCUGACGCCCACUGUGAUUCCCUAACCACACACGUUUUCUGCCAUCUCCUCCGGACCUUCGCUCAGCCAGAGACAGGAAGCUGGAUUGCCAGGAUGGCCGCUGAGGAGUUUGGAGUCUUUCUAGUUCUAGGGCUGGGGAUGUUGCUCAGUGGUAGAGCUUGCACAAAGCCCCAGCACUUCAGGAACCGUUCUGGUUCUGGCUUAGCUGUGAGUGGAUGUCCUUAUAGCUCCUGCCCCGAUUUUUGCCCCCAUCCCCUGAGACCUACAGGAAAUGCACACUUACCCACCAACACACACGCACACACACACUCAUACAUUUUAGCCUUUUGCUUCCCAGAGAUGAGCACUGUUCUCCCUUCUCCCGUUCCUAGGCUCUCACCAUUGUCCCUUCCAUACUUUGGCUCCUCCAGCAAAUGUUCCCUUCCUAUUUGUAACUGAGAGCACAUUGCCAGUUGGUUCUGUGGUCCUUUCCCUCUCCUGACCGUCCUACUUUUCCUCCUGUGAUGACCUCAGGGGCGGGGAGACCAGGGACUAGAAGAGAUGGUAGAGUUGAUUCUUCUAGAGAAUUUUCUAAUGGCCCUGGACUUUUAACUCCUUCCUGGCCCCUCCUGUCAUCCAAAUAGCUACUACUCAGAAGGGCUUGUCCUGGGCUGAAUAUCCACUUUGUUUUUAACUGAUGGCUCCCUACCCCCACUGUCCUUCCCAGAAUAUCCUUCGAGUUCCAGCUUCCCAGGGAGCUCUGGGGGAGGGGCAACCAUUUUGGCUCCAUCCCCAGUGGCCACCUUGGAAACCUCAGCUGGCUGGGGAACUAGUCCACCUCCUUCCCCAAGCUCAGAUUUACCCCCACCAUGCUCUCUCUGGCUUCUUCUAGCAAGUUAUUAACUGAUCACUAACUCCUGCAUGCCAGCCUGAAUGUUUCAGAUAGCCUACUGCAGCUCAGCUCUGAAUUUCUUGGCUCCAUCUCUUUGAGACUCUUUUGCCUUUAAAACAACAACAAAAUAACUAUAAUGCCCAUAGAACGUUAAACAAGGGACCUCCUGCUUUGAAUAUUCUUUAGUUCCAGAGGCAUUUUAACUUUUUCCUCUGGUUUCCCUCACGCUCUCUAACCACCUCCUUCUUUGUUAAUCCUGCAGCCCCUCCACCCCACCCACAAAUGGGUCCUUCCCUUUUUCUUUUUCUUCUCACUGGGUUUGUGUCUCUUCCCUUUGGGUCCCCGGGUUGUCCUGCCCUCUUCUCUUCCCCGUGGUCUCCCUCUGCAGUUAUUUAAUGCCCGUAUCAGAUUUACUGUAAAAAGAGGAGAAAGUACAAUAAAAUAAGAGCAAUUAUA